AUGGAGAAGAAAGCCUCUAUGAUAGUCUUGCUGCUCCUGCUACUUCUUGCUGAUGAAUUGAUGGUGGGAUGUGAAGCGCGAACAUGCUACAUAAGGAGUAGGAAAUAUCGUGGUAGUUGUUACCUGAAGCGGCAUGCUGGCAACUGCAAAACAAUUUGCAAGAAGGAAAAAUACAGUGGCGGUGUAUGCAAAGGUGGGCGUUGUACGUGUUGGAAGAAAUGUGCCGGUUCAUCGGAGGUCGGUGGCCCGCUGGAGAUUGAUCCACCGAGUGUGGCGAAGGCAGCGGUGGCCAACUAA